CCGUGAUGUGUGACUGUCAUUUACCCUCGAUCUCGAUCGAUCGCUCGUUCUCGUUCGAAGCAGCAAAGCAUCCACGCCUGAGCACUCCACAAAGCACAAAGCACAAGGCCAAGAUGGCUGAUGAUGAGCUUGUGGUGCACGCGCACCGGCACAUGGACGGCACGUUCUUGUGCAACCUGAACUUGAGCAAGCAGCAGCUCGCCAAGCUGCGGCAAUCGCCACCAACCAGCAGCAACACCACCAAGACCAGCAGCAGCACCAACAGCAGUGGUACUAGCGUGGCAUCGUCGUCACGGCCACCGUUUGUCGUUGUGCUGGACCGCUCUGGGUCCAUGCACGGCGAAGUGAAGCGAAUCGUCACCAAGCUGCUGCCCGACAUCCUGGAGCGCCUUUCAUACACUUGGGCGACGGUGAUCGCCUUCGACACCACGACCGCCGUGAUGCCAGAGAUGACGGUGGAGCGAAUGCGCGUUUCUCCCCUGCGCGCACAGGGCUGCACCAACUUCAAACCAGCGACAAUGGCGCUGCUGGACGUGCUGCGGCAGAGCAAAGACCAGCGCAUCCGCGUGCUCACCAUCUCGGACGGCAUGAUGAGCGACCGCGACGCUGCGGCAAUCUACGCCAGCCAACACGCCGCAGACGUGAAGCAGGGCCGCGUCAUCAACAGCAAGGCCAUCCGCUACUUCACCUCCUCGCAGCAGCCAGACACGCGCGGCCUCUCCGCUGUGCUGCAGUUCAACACCGGCGGCACGGCGUCCCUGAUCGACUUUGACGCAAGGACCGGCUCGAACAGCGACUUUGUGGACAUGGUGGUCGGCCUGUUUCAGGAUGACGGCAUGGACGCGACCAUGGAGCUCCAGUGCGACGACGGCAGCCCCAUCUUCAAGCGCAUGCCCUGGGACGAGCCACAAGCCUCCAUGCUGCUCACCCUGCCUUCCUCAGACCAGCACAAGAAACCCAAGCAGAAGAAGAGCAAGCAGCCGCAAGCGCAUGCGGCCGACGAGGGCAACGAUGGGGACGUGGCGUACACGUGCUCGUUCUGGCUGAGCGCCCUCCCUUCAGCAUCAGCGCCGCUGCGCAUCGCCGCGAGCGCAGACACGCGUGUCGUCAUCAAGGAAGCUGACCCCAUCACGCCAGACACCUUUGACAGGUGGAUGGCGCCCGUGAUCGACCAGGCCAUGGCGCACAUCCGCGUGCUCAAGGUGCUCGACACCACGCAGGCGCAGCAGGAGGUGCAGACAAUCGCCGCGUACUUUGACCAGCUGCAAUCCACGCUCACCGCCAUCGCCACCAGGAAGCAGCAGCAGCAAGAGGAGGAGGAAGCUGCGGCACAGGCUGCCAACGGCGCCAGCACCACAACAACAGCAACGACAGCGUCGUCGCCUUCCACGAUGAUGCGGCUGCGGCAGCUGAAGCGGCAGAUUGAGCAGCGCAAGAAGUCGCUUGUAAACCGCCUGCUUGAGCUGGCAAACGACGAGCGGGUGUCGCAGCUCAACGCCGCACAGCAGGCCGCGUACCUGCGGGAGACCGACGCCUCCAAGAACGCACGCGGCCUUGCCCGCCGCGCAGCAAAGGGCCCAACCGGUGAUGAGAUGACGCGGGCCGUGCGCGAGGAAAUUGCAGCCAUUGCCAGCAGCAUUCACGAGCUGGACGCGGUGGACGACAGCACACACGCCGUGUCGUUCAUCUCGCAGGAGACAACCGUGGGUGCGCUACGUGACCUGGCAGCCUUCUUCAAGGCUGAUGGCGAUGGUGAUGGUGAUGAUGAUGAUGACGGCAGCGGUGUUUUGCAUGAGAUGGCGGUUCCCGAGCUGCUGCGUGCCGUUGGCAUCGUCGGCAUGGCCUGCAAAGGCCAGGUUGGCGACUACCCAGAUCCGAUGACGUGGCGCGUGGACAACAUCUACCCCGGCUGCUUCAUCACCGUCGCCGACAUGACCGAGCACGAGCUGUUUGCUGCCGCCAACAGCGGCGGUAGCGGCAUCGGCGGCUCACCGUUGGGCGACGCAGCGCGCCUGCGCGUGCCUGGUGGCGUGGACCAGGAGACGUCCUUCAUCACCAAUGUCAUCCCCGUGUUUGAGGACGUGCGCGUGCACCACUUCCUGCGCCGCCACGCCGCCACGCUGCUGGAGCUGAUUUCCGGCGUGGGCAUGCGGCGCAUGAUUGCAGUCGUGCCCAUGACACACGCCUUCACGCUUGCGGCCGGCACGUGGGCGUGCGUGGACGCGCUGGCAGCGGCACCGUCGCCGGCAGAGCGGCCCGAGGUGCUGGUGCGCGCGUGCACGGCGACGCUGCGUGACCUGGACAUUGCCUUUGGCAAGUACUUCCAGCACGUGUUUCCGUUUCUGCAGCGGCCGGACACGCAGCCGCAGGACCGCAGCUUCUACCUGUGCAACAACGGCCUGACCAACAUGCUCACCGUGCUGUACCGCGCGGAGCGGCUGAAGUGGCCCUACCCGCGCCCGCGCGUGCUUCGCGCCAUCUACAACUACGAGUGCUACCAGUUUACAAAGAAGGCCAUUGCCAAGCACCUUGACGCGCGCCAGGAGUUUAUUGACGGCACGCUGCACGCCCUGUUCAACCUCGACUACGACCGUGACUGCUGUGCCGUCGGCGCUCCCUUUGAGGACACGCCGGCGUUCGCGUGCGCAUAUGCGGUGGGGGCGCCCGACGCUGCCACGCUGGGCCCGUUUGCCCGCACCUUCCGCUUUGUGGAGGGCAUGGUGCUGCUGCCACCGCUCAUGAAACUCGUCGUCGACCAUCACCACCACCACCAGCAGCAACAGCAGCAGCAGCAACAGCACAGUGGUGACGGCGGGAUGGCUGCGCUGGUGGACGCGGUGCGAUCUCUGCCGCACGUGGACGAGGCGUUCAAGCACACCUCCUUUGGCCUGGCUGCGGACCUGCCACUGGACGUGUUCCGCGCCGUGCAGCUGGCGCAGGGCCUGCUGUGCCCGCGCAAGGACCUGCGGGUGGACGACGAGGCAGAGCUGAUGCGGCUGCCUGAUGUGCACGACAGGGCCGGCGCCGCCGCGUAUGUGCUGGAGCAGGUGGUGCUGCCCCUCUAUGAGCGCGAGUACAACCGCCGCGUGGACGCCAAGCGCGCAGCGGAGGAGGCGGAGGCCGUGGCGGCGCUGGUGGACGCCCUUGUCCAGUGCGAGAGCGAGGACGCGUUUGUGGCCAUAAUGCAAGACGGUUACACGCACCGCGGCACGCACGUGCGCAUGGACAACCCGUCCUCUGCUGGGGUGGAUGCGCUGAUGGCUGGGCUGGCAGCAGAGGAGAAGAGCGUGCCCUGUCGCCUGCGCAAGAUUGAGCUGCUGGUGCUCGCCGUCCGGGAGAAGAACAGCUCAGACGCGACCAGCAGUGAUGGUGCUGAUGUGGAGGUGGUGUGGAACCGGGGCAACGUGCUGCGGCUGGAUCUGUCGGUGUUUGCAGCGGUGUAUGUGCGGGCGGGCGAGGUGGCGGCGUGGGCUGCGAUCAAGGCCGAGCACAAGAAGCGUGCCAUCCACCUCUACCGCGAGGCCGCCAACCGUCACGGCCACAGCAACGCGCUGCCGUCGUAUUGGGCACUCGGGUACGCCACGCUCGAUGCCAUGCGUGCGGCCGUGUCGGCAGAGGAGUACCAGGAGUACUGCUCAAAGCACACACGGUGCUGCGGGUUUGCGUAAAUGACGCGUGGGUGUUGUGGGUAUUGUGUGUGUGUGUGUGUGUGUGUGUGUGUGUGUGUGUGUGUGUGUGUGCUGUGAUAUGAGAGUGCGAGUGAUGGAGUUCGCCAUGAUAUGAGAGUGCGAGUGAUGGA